AUGGCUACUGGAGUUGAAUGUGCGGCCGCAAUUCUAGGCAUCAUACAAUUUUCUGUGCAAAUGACGGACGUCAGUGUCAGGAGCUACCGGUCUUAUCGUGGAGCAAAGAAGGAACUCCAAAGCUUGCAACAGAAUGUUUCCACCUUCUCGCAGACGCUCCAUUAUUUCGGACAGACAAUGCAAGGAAUGUUCGAGAAACGCCUUGGUCCAGCAAAGGAUCCUGGGUUUCGAAGGUUAAUGCUAGAGAUCUCAGUCAUGGUCAAAGGUCGAAUGAGAGGAAUUCAGCUCAACCUGCGUCGGGUAACCGCUCUUGGUAACCCCAGAGUCUCAGCUCUCUCUCGUGUACAAGCAAGAGUGCUGUGGGUCUUGUUCGAUGGACGGGAUAUGAAAGAACUUUUUGCCAGCCUUGAGCCCGUUAAAUCAACUAUGAACCUGGUCGUCGGGAUAUCGAAUACGCAGCUUUUUAUGGAAGAGAUCAGACAGUUGCAGAAAGACAAGGUCUCGAUUUCUAUGGAAAAAUUCAAGCAGUUAGAAGCCCACACCGCUCAGAUCAGUAUGCUUGAGAAAGAAGUUAAGGAGAAACAGCAGCAGUAUGAAUCAUUACUCAAGCUCAAAACAAUUACUCCCAGCAAUUCGCUCCAUUCCCAGGCCAACCAAGUUCAACUGAUACGAGAGAUCGUUGAACAUGUACAGCAGUUGGCAACAGAGCGGAUCUCCGAUUCAGCCUCUAUCGUGAGAGAUAUCGCAUCGGAGGAGAAGCUUUCAGCCCAUACUAGUAAUGGUAGCAAAAGCAGCACCAAAUCCAGGACCACACAUAACCCAUAUAAUUAUCACGAUCGCUCUUAUCCCUCACCACCACCUCGAAGACGUGAACAGGGGGGAAACGAAGACAGGGUUUUCUCUCACAGGAUUUGUCGCACAAAGCAAGAUACAAACCCGGUGACCAUCGAAUCUGCCAGAAAACCCGGAGAACCUGUGCAAGAGGUUCAUUCUUCAGAAGAGGGUAUCAUGCCAGUGGAACCUUCAGAAGUGUUGGCCACUGGUUCAGAUGAUCCCACGAAAAAUCAGUCCCAUACAAAUCCAGCGACUGUCGAGAUUCAUCAUUCUCCUCGGGAGCUACCACCAGAGGAGGUAGAUCGUAAUAUUCAGAUCCAGCAAUCGCCACCACCGCUCUCCCCCAUCCAUUCCCAAUAUCGGAUUGUGAUUAACCGAAACGGGAAGAUGGUGACCAAAAAAUGGCGACCUGCUGGAGACGACAGCAGUUCAACUGCUUCAUUGUCUUCAAGUUCGUUGUAA